AUGAGGCUGGCGUGGGGCGGCGUGGGGCGGCGAGGGCGCCCUCCCUCCCCCCAGCCGGCGCGGUCCACGCGGGGCUCCAGCCAGAGCUCGGGAAAGGCUCCCAUUGCUAUCACAUGCUCUACCAGAGGCCUGGACAUCAGGAAAGAGAAAGCAGAUGUCCUCUGCCCCGGGGGCUGCCCUCCUGAGGAAUUCUCUGUGUUUGGGAACAUAGUUUAUGCUUCUGUAUCCAGCAUCUGUGGGGCUGCCAUCCACAGGGGAGCAAUCAGCAUCUCAGGGGGACCAGUGCGUGUCUAUACCCUACCUGGACGGGAGAACUAUUCCUCUGUAGAAGCCAACAGCAUCCAGUCGCAGGCGCUUUCCAGGUGGUCUGCUUCCUUUACAGUGACUAAAGGCAAAAGUAGUGCCCAGGAAGCAACAGGAAGGGCAGUGUCCACAGCACGUCCACCCACAGGUAAACGACUAAAGAAAACACCAGCAAAGAAAAGCGGCAAUAAAGACUGUAAAGCAGACAUUGCAUUUCUGAUUGAUGGAAGUUUUAAUAUUGGGCAGCGCCGCUUUAAUUUACAGAAGAAUUUUGUCGGGAAAGUGGCUCUCAUGUUGGGAAUUGGAAUCGAAGGACCACACGUAGGCCUUGUUCAAGCCAGUGAACAUCCCAAAAUAGAAUUUUACUUGAAAAACUUUACAUCAGCCAAAGAUGUUUUGUUUGCCAUAAAAGAAGUAGGUUUCAGAGGAGGUAAUUCCAAUACAGGGAAAGCUUUGAAGCAUACUGCUCAGAAAUUCUUCACACCAGACACUGGAGUCAGAAAAGGCAUCCCCAAAGUGGUGGUAGUGUUUAUUGAUGGUUGGCCUUCUGAUGACAUCGAGGAAGCAGGCAUUGUGGCCAGAGAGUUUGGUGUCAAUGUUUUUAUAGUUUCUGUGGCCAAGCCAAUUCCUGAAGAAUUGGGGAUGGUUCAGGAUGUUGCAUUUGUGGACAAGGCUGUCUGUAGGAAUAAUGGCUUCUUCUCUUAUCAUAUGCCCAACUGGUUUGGCACCACAAAAUAUGUAAAGCCUCUGGUACAGAAGCUCUGCACUCACGAGCAAAUGAUGUGUAGCAAGACCUGUUACAACUCAGUGAACAUCGCCUUCCUGAUUGACGGCUCCAGCAGUGUUGGGGAUAGUAAUUUCCGUCUCAUGCUUGAAUUUAUUUCCAACAUAGCUAAGUCGUUCGAGAUCUCAGACAUUGGGGCCAAGAUAGCUGCUGUACAGUUCACUUACGAUCAACGCACAGAAUUCAGUUUCACUGACUAUAGCACCAAAGAAAAUGUCCUAGCUGUGAUCAGAAGUAUCCGCUAUAUGAGCGGUGGGACGGCUACUGGUGAUGCCAUUUCCUUCACUGUUAGAAAUGUAUUUGGUCCCAUAAGGGGUAGCCCCAACAAGAACUUCCUGGUAAUAGUCACAGAUGGGCAGUCCUAUGAUGAUGUCCGAGGUCCUGCUGCCGCCGCCCAUGAUGCAGGUAUCACCAUCUUCUCUGUUGGUGUGGCUUGGGCACCUCUGGAUGACCUGAAAGACAUGGCCUCUAAACCAAAGGAGUCACAUGCUUUCUUCACGAGAGAGUUCACAGGAUUAGAACCAAUUGUUUCUGAUGUCAUUAGAGGCAUUUGUAGAGAUUUCUUAGAAUCUCAGCAAUAAUGGUGGAUUUUGACAACUGGUAAAAUACAAGAUCUAAUAUAUAAAGUGUACUCUCAUAAUACUGAAAUAUUAUAUAGCAUACUAGAAUCAGAUACUUUAAGGCCAACAGCUGUUUUAAACACACAAGCAUUCAUUUAAAGCUUCCACCUUUGGAUUAAAAUUUAGACUUUAACUCUUCAAAACACAUGGUUAAAGCUUCAUAAUCAUGGCCCUUAGAAACUCAGGAAAGAGGUAUGGAUUCAAAUUGUAAGUUAUGCCUAUUAAAUGUAUUAUAGAUGUGCAAAUAUUAUCUCAAUAAAAUAAUCUGAUACUUAA